CUGCUGCUGCUUCUGCUGCCGCGGCGGGGGCAGUGGGGCUUCCCGGGCUCGGCAUGGCGUCGUCUUCGUCGGGCGACUUCGGCGGCUCCGGGGCGCGGCUGGACCCGGGGGCGCUGAUGGAGCAGGUGAAGGUGCAGAUCGCCGUGGCCAACGCCCAGGAGCUGCUCCAGAGAAUGACGGACAAAUGUUUCCGGAAGUGUAUCGGGAAGCCCGGCAGCUCCCUCGAUAACUCGGAGCAGAAAUGCAUCGCCAUGUGCAUGGAUCGUUACAUGGACGCCUGGAACACCGUCUCGCGGGCCUACAAUUCCCGGCUGCAGCGGGAGCGAGCCAACAUGUGACCCGGGCGGGCGGGCGAGACAGAGAGCCCCAUCGCGGACUCAGGGAAGGGACUCGUCCAGGCGGUGGCUGGCAGGGAUGCGGGGUGCAUGGGGCGGGCUGGAUUUGGGGUCCUUCUGGAAGCAAUUAAAAUGACAACCGUG